CUGCUUUAGUUUCGGUGUGUUUUCAGACAUUAUGGGUGCGUGUAUGGCCCUGUGUUCGCUGGCGAGCUGCGCGUCGUGUUUGUGCGGCUCUGCUCCGUGUCUUUUAUCAGGAUGUUGCCCUUCAACAUACAACUCCACUGUGACCCGCUUGGCCUUCUCCUUUUUCCUGCUGCUGGGCACUAUAGUGUCCAUCAUCAUGAUUCUGCCAGGCAUGGAGACACAGCUAAAGAAGAUUCCAGGAUUUUGUGAAGGAGGCUCUUCUAUACCUGGAUUUGAAGGGAAGGUGAACUGUGAUGUCAUUGUUGGCUAUAAAUCGGUCUAUAGAAUGUGCUUUGCCAUGGCCUGUUUCUUCUUCCUUUUCUCCAUCAUCAUGAUCCGUGUGAGAAGCAGCAAGGAUCCACGAGCUGCAAUUCAAAAUGGCUUCUGGUUUUUCAAGUUCUUGAUUCUGGUCGGAAUUACAGUGGGAGCCUUCUUCAUUCCAGAUGGAAUGUUCAACACAGUGUGGUACUACUUCGGUGUGGUUGGCUCCUUCAUCUUCAUUCUGAUCCAGCUCAUUCUGCUGGUCGAUUUUGCUCAUUCAUGGAACCAAAAGUGGGUGGAGAAUGCAGAGGAUGGGAACAGUAAAUGCUGGUAUGCAGCCCUACUCAGUUUCACAUUGGUGCACUAUAUCUGUGCCUUUGCUGCAGUUGUGUUGUUCUAUAUUUUCUACACCCAGCCAGAUGACUGCACAGAAAACAAAGUCUUCAUCAGUCUUAACCUGAUCUUUUGUAUCAUUGUGUCUGUGGUGGCUAUCCUUCCAAAAGUGCAGGAAGCUCAGCCAAGCUCUGGUCUCCUCCAGGCGUCCCUCAUCUCUCUCUACACCAUGUAUCUCACAUGGUCUGCCAUGAGCAACAACCCCAACCGUAAGUGCAACCCCAGUCUGUUAAGUAUAGUCAAAGGCCAAUCCGCAGCACCCACUCCUACCAGCACCCCUGGUGUCUUUACACAAUGGUGGGAUGCCCAGAGCGUUGUGGGUUUGGUCAUCUUCCUCCUGUGCACACUGUAUGCCAGCAUUCGUUCCUCAAACAACAGCCAAGUGAAUAAGCUCAUGCAGACAGAGGAGGUUCAGGGUCUGGCGAGUUCUGAUGCCAAUGAUGCCAUCUCUGAGGAUGGCGUGAGACGAGCUGUGGAUAACGAAGAGGACGGUGUCACAUACGGCUACUCUUUCUUCCAUUUCUCUCUCUUUCUCGCCUCUCUCUACAUCAUGAUGACCCUCACCAACUGGUACCAACCUGAAACUGACUAUGCAGCCAUGACGACCACUAUGCCAUCAGUUUGGGUGAAGAUUUGUUCCAGUUGGCUGGGAUUGGGUCUGUACCUCUGGACUCUUGUUGCUCCACUAGUCCUGACUGACCGGGACUUCAACUGAACACCUGUAAGAUACUGCAAACAAUCUACCUUUUAAACCAAAUCAUAUGCAGUCACAGAAAUUCUUGUUCAUCUAUAAAAUGACUUGAGCUUUCAAACUCAAUUCUCGCACACUUAACCUUAUGCACACUUUGUUACAUAGUUAUUCACUUUUAGAAGAGAUCCGUAAAUGCACUUCAGAAAGCUUCAAUUUUGUUAAUGCUGCAUUAAUAAGACUUCUGUUUAAAGGUUUGUUUUCUUCUUUCAUACUUUGAUGUAUCAUGCAUAUGUUGAAUUUACAAAAGCUGAUGUAUAAGACAGUUGAACUAUUUCUAAAUAUUUUUUAUUAUCAUGUAUAUGUGUUUUGUUGCAAAAUGCACUACAUUUAAUCAAAUCAAAGUUGAAUGUACCGGAAAACAAUUGAAAAGUGCCUUAUCUGUAUUGAGAUUUUAAUUUGCAUAAAGACAGCUUUAUUUUAGGAGCCUUAUGAUAACACUCCUCCUGAACAAAAAAGAUUUUUUUUUUUUUAAUCUUUUGUAUUUUUCUUUUUACUCGUGUAAGUCUGAUGAUUAUUAAA